CCAUGAAUGGUGGACAAUGCUUGAGCUUGAUGGACACAAACUAGGCUACUUUUUUUGUUUGUGAUUCAGACCAGCCUGUGAACAGAACUUCAUGCUCUCUGCCCCUCUAGGAUUUACAGAUAGAAAUGCAUUGUUGCACAGCAAACCCACUAUUUAUAUUUACUGCAAUAUUUGCUAGUCCUUCAUAGGAAUACUUUUUUUGUGCCCAGGCUUUGUUGAUAGGUACUUGAGAGUUAUUCAAUGUCUCCUUUUUGUUAAAGGGGCAAGCUGGGAUUGUUACAUACAUUUUAGGACUUUUGAGUUAAUGGCAUGUAGCAGUUGCUUCAUGAAGAAUACAACUUUUAAAUGCCUCAUGAGCUUAGGUGAACUGUUUUACCCCACCAGAACCCAAAAUAGAAUCUUGUUUGUAAACAAUGUUAUUCUAAACCAACCUAAUGGUUUCAUAACUAUCAUUUUGAUAUCAUUAAUGGUCAGUCCUUGCAUCCAUGGCUCUGUUUGUUUACAUUUCUCCAGCCCCAACCCUCAACUGUUUACCAGUUGUUUUUCCAAUCCCAGAUUUCCCCUUUAAACAUUUCCACUUGACUUCCUCCAGACUCCCUGUGAUCUGAUAGCUAUAUAAACAUUUGUUUGGAAUAACAACUUUAUUUACUGGGCUUUUGGGGUGUUUAUUUCAGAUUUUUGUCUAAUCAAGCACAGUGUUUCAACUUUAGAUGAGUAGGACUUCGGCCUCGUGCCUUCUCACAUGACUGGAGAUCAUUUGGAUUCCACUGAUCCCCAGGUUCUGGACUAUAUGCUGGUUCCUCACCGGAACUUCAACCUGAUCAAUGGGGUCCACUCUCCCGACGAGGUCGACCAGAUCCAGAACUGGGAGAUCCGAGACUCUGACAUAUUCGUUGUCACUUAUCCCAAGUCAGGGACGAUCUGGAUGCAGCAGAUUCUGACUCUGAUAGAAGCCAAAGGUGACGUCACUCCAAACACAGAGCAUCUCAACGCGCAGCGCGUCCCAUGGAUCGAGCUGAUUGGCAGUGAGAAGGAGUUUAACGCCACCCCUUCCCCCAGGCUACGGGUCACCCACCUGCAGUACAAGUUCAUGCCGCUCGCCGUCAGACAAAAGCGGGGAAAGGUGAUCUAUGUGGCCAGAAACCCUAAGGAUGUUCUCGUGUCCUAUUACCACUUCCACAAAUAUGCAGCCAUGCUGGAGACACCGAAGGACUUCAAUGAUUUCUUUGAGAAAUUCAUGGAAGGGAAAGUUUUUGGGAACUGUUGGUUUGAGCACAUCAAGACGUGGUACGCUAAUAGAGACAACAUGAACUUCCUGUACAUCACAUAUGAAGAGAUGAUCAAGGACCUGCGCUCCAUGGUGGAGAGGAUGUGCAGGUUUCUAGGGAAGGAUUUGACAGAGGAGCAGAUGGCCAGUGUGGUGGAACACAGCACCUUUAGAACCAUGAAACUGAACCCGCAGGCUAACUACAAGACGGUGCCCGACUCUCUGCUUGACCACAACAAGGGCACGUUUAUGAGGAAAGGGACCAUUGGGGACUGGAAGAACCAUUUCACUGUUGCACAGAGCGAGAGAUUUGACAGUGCCUUCCAGGAGAAGAUGUGGGACCUGCCCCUCUCCUUUGUGUCGGACAUAAAUGACGUCAAUAGUGCCACGUGAUGACAUCAUAGUCACGUCUUUCAGGGAUUUUUUAAAUCCUUGGGCGGGCCCCCUAAGUAUUUUUUGGGGGUCACCUACAGUGGGGCAAAAACGUAUUUAGUCAGCCACCAAUUGUGCAAGUUCUCCCACUUAAAAAGAUGAGGCCUGUAAUUUUCAUCAUAGGUACACUUCAACAAUGACAGACAAAAUGAGAAGAAAAAAAAUCCUGAAAAUCACAUUGUAGGAUUUUUUAUUAAUUUAUUUGCAAAUUAUGGUGGAAAAUAAGAGAGUUGAGUUGAAAUAAACGAUCCCAGAAAUUUUCCAUAGGCACAAAAAGCUUAUUUCUCUCAAAUUUUGUACACAUGUUUACAUCCCUGUUGGUGAGCAUUUUUCCUUUGUCAAAAUAAUCUAUCCACCGGUCUCAAGUUGAGGGUGUGCAAUUGGCAUGCUGACUGCAGGAAUGUCCACCUGAGGUGUUGAAUGGUAAUUUCUCUACCAUAAGCCACCCCCCCUGUUUUAGAGAAUUUGG